AUGAUGAAUCAAAUUCAUCAUUUAACAAGAUUUGCAAAUCUUCCGAUGAGACUUGAAUGGCAACGCAGAUUAUGCCGCAUUCUUCAACCAGCUGAUUACAAAAACGUGGACGAAAAGCAAGUGAUACAAAGUAUGGAGGCAGAACCUACAUUAGAAAAUAAAGAUACAAAUAACCAUCAGGGAAGCGUUGUUGCGCCAGACCGUGUAAUUAAAGAACGCAGCGCAGAAAUUGUCGCGGGAGGCAGUGUUUUCUACAACCCGGUACAAGAAUUCAACCGAGAUCUAAGUAUUUCAGUACUAAAUGUGUUUGCGCGAAGAUGGCUAAAAGAGCGUAAUGUAGCUGCUAAUAAGAAAAUAAAGGAAGGAAGCGUGGAUACAAAAGAUAUUGAUGUUAACAUAGACGUUAAUACACUCGCGCCAGGACAAAAAUACGAAAAUGGGUUACGUAUAUUAGAAGCGCUUUCUGCAACAGGUUUGCGUAGCAUACGCUAUGCAAAAGAAGUCGCUGGAGUACGUGAAAUUAUUGCUAAUGAUCUUUCAAAAGCUGCUGUAGUAUCAAUUGGUGAAAAUGUGAAACACAAUAAGGUGGAACAUUUAAUUAUACCAAGUCAAUCGGAUGCACUGACGCUUAUGUACCUCUCCACAGGUAAUGAUAAGCACUUUGACGUAAUUGACCUGGACCCAUACGGCUGCCCCAACCGCUUCUUAGAUGCAGCUGUGCAAUCUAUCGCGAACGGUGGUUUAUUGCUUGUAACUGCUACUGAUAUGGCAGUCUUAGCCGGAAAUACACCAGAGGCCUGUUACGCUAAAUACGGAUGUGUUCCAUUGCGCUUGAAAUGCUGUCAUGAAAUGGCUCUGCGGAUACUGCUUCACUCCAUCGAAACGCAUGCAAAUCGCUACGGAAAAUACAUUGAACCUCUUCUGAGUAUUUCUGCAGAUUUUUACAUACGUGUUUUUGUACGAGUGCACGUCAGUCAAGCAAAAUGCAAAUACAGUAUGAGCAAACAGUCAAUGGUAUUUCAAUGCACUGGUUGUGAUACUUUUACUUUACAACCGUUAGGUAAUGUUAAAAUCAACACCACAGACAAAGGUAAAACGCAAACAAAAUUCGGUAUUCCAACUGGACCAAACGUUGGCAUGAACUGUGAACACUGUGGCCACAAACAUCAUAUGGGCGGUCCAAUAUGGUCACAUCCUAUUCACGAUCACGAGUUUGUUAAGGAAUUAAUACAAGCAGUAGAUAAUAAACCACUCUGUGAAUUGGGAACACAACGUCGUUUGCAAGGUGUGCUAGCUGUGGUGCAAGAAGAAUUAUUGGACGUGCCGCUGUACUAUGUGCUUGACAAACUUUGUUGUGUGCUUAAAUUGGAGAAUAUUCCUGUGCUCAAAUUCCGUUCAGCAAUCCUGCAUGCAGGCUAUCGUGUCUCUUUUUCACAUGCAAGUAAAAACUCUAUAAAAACUGAUGCGCCUGCGUCGGUUUUAUGGGAUAUAUUACGUUGUUGGGCUAAACGCCAUCCUGUAAAAGCGGAUCGUAUGAUAGAAGGCACUGCUUUAAAGGCCAUCUUAGAGCGACCGACCGAAAAGGAGUACAUUUUUGAUGAUUUGCAUCCAGAAGCGAAUCCAUCCAGUCGUCGCAAUGCAUUAACUCGAUUCCAGGCAAAUCCAACGGCGCAUUGGGGUCCUGGAACGCGUGCGACAAUAAUGAUUGGACAAGACAAAGUUGCAAAAAGUCAUAGAAAUCAGAACAAAAAACAAAAACAAAAGCCCACGGAAAAUAAUUCAACACUUUCGGACAAAAGUGAUGACGAGCAAAGUAAAUGUAAGCAACCGAAAUUGGAAGCAUGAGACUAUGUAGUAGAUAAACUAAAUAUAUUUCAUAUAGAUUAGUAAAUACUAUUUUUUAUACUUUAUAUUUUACUUGUGAAAAGUUUAUUGGGCAAACUUG